GGGUGAGAGGGGGGCGGAUGCACACUCUCUACUCUCUUGCCCUGCGUUUCUGUUGCCCUCUCUGCCGACUUCGUCGGUCCUCUCCACCACCACCACCUCUCAUUCCAUCGUCUGUGCCUGCUUCAGGCGCAAGUACCCCGUGGUGUGUCUGUGGCAUGGAGAAAGAGAGGGAGGAUAAAGAGACAGAGGGGAGGGAGAAACCAGAGCCGCUGACAGAUGUGGAGCGAGGCAUCAUUCAGGAUACCUGGGCGCGUGUUUACGAGACCUGUGAGGAUGUGGGCGUCACUAUACUGAUCAGACGUGCAGAUGGUGGGCAGAGAAGAAUACUGGCAAGCAGACCUUUCAUGGUGGAUAUUUUAGAACACAGGGACAAGCCGCUGGCAUACAAACACACAGAUACAUCCACAGUACAUGCAAGUGAAAAAAAACAACAACAAAACAAAACACUUUUUUUUGUCAAUUUUUUUUGCUCUUGCAGCUGGUAUUCCCAAAUUAGGCUUGAUAAUGGACAGAUGCCAAGGGAAGAUGUUCCAUGACAUCUUUUUCCACAUGCUUUUUCACAGUGUCAAAGCUUCUCCAAUAUGCACACCAUAGAGCAAAUCCAUCUUUACAGUAGCUCCUAUUUUUUAACACUCACCAAAUAGAAUUUAGCAGGUAUAGAUCCUUACCAAUCCCUGCAAUACCUUUGUAUGUUUUCUGUGAUAAUUCGGUAGAUUCUGUCACAACGCUGUACGUGUUAGAUAAUAACUAACUCCAGAGAUAGAUUUAACAGGGUUUGUAGUACUCACAAUCCCUUGUGAGUUUACAGUGCUGCAUGUAUUGCAUAAACUGAAAUAAACC